UUAACAAAGCCUCUCUCUUCUCUCUUGGUUUUAUUUCACUAUCUUUCGUUGAAAAGUUCCAUCCAUCCUUGUCUGGUCGUUCAAUAUUCUUGCUUUUAUUUUCUUUACGAUUUUUGUUUUUGGUUCGAAAGAUCGUAUAGUUAAUGGAAAUUCCAGUGAUCAACAGAAUAGGUGAUUUCGAAGCCUCUUUGCAAAACCCAUCUUUUCUUUCACAAGCAAUUACAUUAUCUGGUGUGGAAAAAAUUCACCAAGCUUACGGUUUCUGGAAAUGGGGAGCUCUAAUUCUCGCCCUUGUCGCCUCUUUCUCUACUAUAAUCAACAGAAUCAAGAUUCUCAUCAUUCGAAUCCAAAACCAUUAUUUGACACCUUCACCGCCUCCUCCUCUUACCACCCAACAGCAUUACGACUCCGAUACCGAAUCAGAAACCUCUUCUUCUUCUUCUUCUUCAGACGGCGAACAAGACAUAGAAGUGGAAGAUGAUGAAGAAGAUGAGGACGAGCGAUGUUCUUGGAGGUCCAACGACGACGAUGAUUAUUACAGUGUCGUUAAAGGAUCAGGUCAUUAUAUCGAUGACCAGUGGCAGAAUCGUAAUUUAAGGAGACGUAGAAAUAGCAGCCUUCAAGAUUUAUUUUCUGAGUUCAGGAAUGGCAAGAGCGUAGUGAAGCUAUGGGAUAAUUUAGGGUUUGGAUUUGGUUUGAAUCUUGAUAACAAUUCAAGAAACUGCGUUUCUCUUCAUGACAUCAAUAAAGAACUAAGCCUCUUUUCUAUUUUAGGCGAGAGAUCCGAUAUUCCGGCGGUUUCCACGUCCUCUUCAUCGCCGGCGGUGAUUGUUUCCUCCGAGGCAAAUGUGGCCGGGAACUUGUUAAAAGUGUGGGACACGCGUGUUGGAUGUCGGAUACCGGAGAUACUGGCGGAGUGGCGACCGAGAUUGGGAAAAUUUGUUGGAAUUAGCAGCGGCGGCGGCGGAGUGGGGAAGGUAUACGUAAGAGAUGACGUCACGGGGAGGUUGACGGUGGGUGAUAUGAGAAAAGUGAAGUCGCCGUUAGUGAAUGCGACGGAAACUGACGUGGACACGUGGUGGGACGCUGACGGCGUAAGCGUUGGAGAAGAAGAUAAUGGGGUGGGCAGUAGUCCUGACUCGGUAUUGCUACGCGGUUAAGGGCCGUGAGCUGUUGUAAGACUGGCAAAAGAGUGUCAAUUGUGUAAAUAAUUAUUUAUUAGGAAAUGUUCUCUUAAAAAAAUUUAUUUAUUAGGAAAUGAAGAUUUAAAUUAUAAUUGUUUGGUUAGUA